ACUUUUUGGGAGGGGGGAUAGUUCUAAAAGUUUUAAAACAAUUUAAGAGAGAGACAUUUUUUUGUUCUUUUUAGUUAAUGUAUAACCCAUAGAGCGUACUUGCACUUUGUUUCACCAAAUAAUCUUUGGAGUUUUCAGGGAACAUCUGACUCAAGCUGAGAGGAUUUAGUCAAGUUGUCUUGAAGAGGAAUCAUGGUUAUACACAGGAUUAAAAUGCAGAUUUUUGCACUCUUGUGCUUCAUUGUUCCUGUCCAUUCAUCUCAAUUACCAAAUGCCACCAUCAUGGAUCUCUCUUACAAAAACAUGGACUUUGCUAUGAACCUUUACAGAGAAAUCGCCAACUAUCAUGACAAAAACAUCUUUUAUUCACCGCUGAGUGUUUCUACAAGUUUUGCUGCUCUCUUAAUGGCUACUGAUGGGAUCACACACAAGGAGAUCCUCAAAGUGUGCAACCUGGAGCAGCUCGAGGUGGACGACCAGCCACAGCUUAUCCCGAGACUUUUCCAAAAUCUUCAAGACAACAUCACACACAACGGAUCUCUGCAGGUGGAGCAGAGCAUGGCUCUCUUUAUCCGACAGCACUUUGAAGUCGAGAAGACAUUUGAAGACGAUUUGAAGAAUUUUUUUCAAGCGGACAUCAAUGUUUUAGACUUCGGGAACACAAAGGAGACCAUCAAAAGCAUCAAUGACUAUGUGAGACAGAAGACUGCAGACAAGGUUCCUGAAAUGAUUUCCUCUUUAAAUGCAAUGACUCAACUCCUGCUGAUCAACACCAUCUUCUUCCAGGGAGCUUGGCAGACGCCUUUUAAUCCUAAUUUCACUGAUAACGCACCAUUCCACAUCGACAACUACAACAUUGUGCAAGUUCCCAUGAUGUUUGUAGAGGGUAGAUUCUACACUAUGGAGGAUGAGCCUCUGGGAGCUAGAGUCCUUAAGUUACCGUAUAAGGGUGGGGUUUCCAUGCUAAUCCUGCUACCCAAUGAAAACACAGAUUAUACCAUGAUUGAUGAUGAGAUCAGUGCUGCUAUGUUCCUGAACUGGAUUAGUAAACUGGAAAAAAGAAAACUGGAAGUCAGAAUGCCAAGAUUCCGCUUGGAGCAAUCCUAUUUACUGCACAACAUCCUGCCAAACAUGGGUUUGAAGUCUCUCUUCACUGAUUCAGCGGAUCUUACAAAGCUCUCAAAGAAUGAAGACCUCACACUGUCAGAGGUUCUUCACAAAGCAGUGAUUGAGGUCGAUGAAGUUGGGACAACUGCUGCUGCCUCCACGGCGGCUCACAUCACUACACACUCCCUCUCAAUGCAGUUUCGUAUUAACAGGCCAUUCUUUUGCUUCAUCUAUCAUGAGGAAACGACAUCCUUAUUGUUCAUGGGCAGAGUCAUCAACCCGACUAAGAACUGAUCACCACUUGUUGCUGAUUAAAUUCUGUUUCUGUGGAUGAAGUUUAGUCUAACCUGGAAGGAGUUAUUCAUUCUUUUCUCCCCCUAUCCUACUCUAAAGGAUGGAAGAUGGCAGAUCGAUUGCACCUUUAGAAAACAUCAGAUAUUUGACAUUAAAGAUUUAUUCCACAAAG